AUGUCGAAUCAGAAUUUUCUAAAUGCUCUGACAUCCUUGCUAACUACCGUGAACCCUGCAGAGCUUUUUAAAGUGCUGGCGACGAUCAGAAAGGAUGUGGAAUGGCCGAAAGACAAGGACAACAUCACAAGAAUACGCGAGAAAAAGCAUUUGAAGCACAUUGUUGGUGCUUUGCAGUCGAAUCAAAGAAACGUGUUAAAUGUGGCUCUAAGCAUUUUGGGGAAUUGUUUAUUGGACAAGGACUGCUCAAGAGAUGCUGUCGGGCAUUAUAACAUUUUAUCUCACUUGAAUCAGCUUUUGAAGCGAUUUCCCAAAGAUGACAGUAUCAUUGGAAGGAUAUUUAGGAUAGUGGGGAAUUUGUGUCAGCAUCGAGACCAGUGGGCCAAUACCAUAAUCGACAGAAAGCCCCAAAUUGUUACAUAUAUUGUAAACUUUGUUACUAAGGUGUCUAAAGAUGAACUGCCUGAGGAUGAGAGUUUUUCUGAAGCAACCACCAUAAUGGCAAUAAGAGCAUUAAGAUGUUUAUUAAAUAGUCAUACUAUUAUGACCCUAGUGAAGACUUUUGGGGUUCUUAGGGCAAUUGGGGCACUGUUUAUUAAGUAUUGCAUUGAAUGGCAAAAAAAUAAAAGCCAUGAAAACUUACUAAUAAACAUAAUAAGAUUGUUGCAAGAUUAUUCAAGAUUUAGAUACUAUCAUUCAAUAAUGGAGAUGAGAAGUACUGAAAGAGGCGAUUCCCUAAUUUAUUUGAGCAGUGUUUUAUUGUUAGCACCUAAAAGAGUGGUAAAAAUUGUGAUGAACUUUAUUAGAAUAUGCCAGUUAAAGUCUGAAUUGCCAGUACCUGAAAUUUUUGAUAAGUUUAUCGAAGUUUUGCAAAAACAUUCCAUUGUAGAAGAGCUGAACGACGAGUGCGUGGAAUAUCUGCAAUGCCUGUGCUAUCUGCUCGAGCACCCGGCCAAUAGGAACACGGAACGUUGCGGCAGGUGCGUGCCGCUAUUGGUCAAGGCGCUCAAAGAGUUCAAAGAGCCGACGUGCACGUCUCUGGAGUGCUGCAUACUGCUGAUCGGCUCUCUGAACAAGUACAAGUACGACGACAAGCUGAUGUUGGAGCAAGUGAAAGCCAACUCCGUCGAAAUUCUGCUGGAGAAAAUUCACUGGUUGGUGGGCAGCUCCAAACUGAACACCGAUCAUAAGAUUUGCAGGAAGAGGAAGAUGUACUCGGUGACCUCGCCGGUUUGGAAGCACUUUGGGCUCACGUAUGGGGAGUUGCUAGAACCGAGAUCUCCUUCGCCUAGCGACGAGGAAUUGGAAGUUUUUGCCAAAUUCGAGAGAUGUCCGAGUCCGCCAAGUCCAUGUUCGAGUAGCAACUCGGAUUUGCGCGAGUACGCAUGCUCGUGGCCUUCCAGCAGUCCCAAAUCGGUUAGCAGAGAUUUUUCUGAUUCCGAUUCGGACGAUUAUUCUCCCGUGUGCAGUGAUGCCGAUGUGAGCGACUACGAGGGCAACUCGUUGGCGAACGACGAGGAGAAAACGACGGAAGAUGUCGAAAAAGCCACCGAACCUGCCGAACACGUUGAGAAACAAAGCAAUAAUUGUGAUAAUAUAAUUGAUAAGAGUACUCUUACAAACCUAAAAAUAAGACUGCUAACCGAAAUCGCCAAACUACUCAAAACCUACAUCAAAAUAAAACCAGCCGUACCUCAACUUGCCUCCGAAGACUUACUUAUAGCCUUGCUGAAAUGUUCCGGAUGUUUCGAUUGGCAACAUCACUCGAAUAUCGACACCAUCGACUUAAUUUGCCGAAUAUUGCAGUCCCACGAUUACCUCAUCACUCUGAUGCGCACCAACUUCGUCGAAACCGUCUAUAACCUCACUUUGAUGACGCACGCGUCCAAGUGUCACAAGUGUCUGCAGUUCCAGCAGAUUGGCCAGAUGAUCUUGACGAAGCUGACGAUUUUGGCCGAAUCGGGCGUCGGAAAAGGCAACAUCGCGCAUCAAAUUUUAAGAGGCGAGAUGGACCUGAAGAAACAAUUGGUGCUCGUGAUGCCCUACAUUAUCAGGAACAAGGCGAUCCUCUCCAAACUCCUCAUCAACUGCGGCGGCCUGAAAAUCCUCCUGAAACUGAUGACGGAACCCUCCGAAACGGAAGAAAAACGCAAGAGCAUCAAAGUUCUGUGCGCAUUGGCCAGCCGCAAGCUGUCGAUAGCCAAUCCGAGAUCGCAGAUGUUCGCCGAAGCCGUGAACCGGAUAGAAGCGGACAAAUACGAGGAGCCUCUAACGUGCGAGAAUUUGGUCACGAUAAAGCUGACAGAUGGCAGCACGUUGAAGGCGGAUAGAGAUUUUUUGAGUGCGAGUUCCGACUUCUUCGGAAGGCUCUUAAACGGGUAUUUCAAGGAGUCGUCCGAGGACGAGAUACUCUUGCAGAACGUCAAAUUAAAACCUUUAAGGUGCCUAUUGAACCUGAUGGGUAUCGUGGAGAAAAAGUCCAGUAUUGAUGUGGACUUGGAUCUGAAAACGUUGCUGGACGUUAUAGUUCUCUGCGAUAGGUAUCUAAUGAACGAUUUGUGCUUAUCGUUGUCGGAAAGCAUAGAAAGAAACCGAUUGACCCACCAAACGGUACCGCAAAUAUACCAGUGGUCGCUGGAAUCCGGUACCAACAUUCUGAGAGUUGAAUGUAUAGCCUAUGCACUAGUGGCGAAUUUGCUCGACGAUUUAAGACUAAACAUGUUUGAAUCUCUAAUAGAUCUGGGUUAUCUGGAAGAAUUAGUGGAAGACAUAAAAACGUUGUUAACGAGGUUUUUAAGUAUCAGCGAUUCCUUUGGGGACGAGGAAAAAAAACAGAAGUCGCUUAAGGUUCAUUUAAAAAGAAUGAAGGAUAACUUGUUAAAAAAUGUACAUUUAUUGGAUACUUAA